GGGACUAGUGGUACACAAGUCACUUUAUGUUGCACUCGCUCAACGGAAAGUCGAGAGAAAAGCAAGAAUGCUGGCCCAGUUUUCACAGUUGCAGUUGCUCCAGCGCUUGCUCCUUGUGUGGCAAUGUAUCCUCCGGGUGCCCCAG